UCUCCACUCACCUCAGGACUGACAGGCGCUCUGCAGGCGGGUCGAGCCACAGAAGGACGACUGGACAUCCAGGCAUGGGACGAGACUAUUAAAAGAAGACAAGAAAUAUUAAAAGAGAUUUAAUUGAAAUAUAAGGAAAAUGGUAGCAGAGGAGGUGGUGGUGACCCUGUCAGGAGGUGCACCGUGGGGUUUCCGAUUACAAGGAGGAGCCGAGCACCAGAAACCUCUGCAAGUGGCCAAGGUGAGGAAGCGCAGUAAGGCCUGUAGGGCUGGACUCAGAGAGACGGAUGAGCUGCUGUCCAUCAAUGAUGUGUCCUGUGGAAGUCUGUCUCACGCUGAGGCCAUGAAUCUGAUCGAUAGCGGCAGAGGAACCCUCCAUCUGCGAAUCAAAAGGGCCCCGGCUCCAUAUCAGUCAGUGGUGCUUGUGGGUCGGGCUCCCUCCCCUCGAAUUGAUAAGGAGUACCGGGCAGCCUUGAGAGCCCUGUCGCCUCCACUUUCCUCGAAACCAUCCGGUGUCAACAGAGCAUCGCUGAUGUCCCCCACUGGGCUGGAGUGGCUCACGUCUCCUCCAGACAGUGAGGCUUACUAUGGGGAGACAGACAGCGACGCAGAUGUGGCAGCUCAAGAGAGGCAGCGCAGGCAGAAGCGCCGAAGCCCCAGUAGUUCUCCUGCCAAGAUCCCCGGCCAAGCCUCACCCCAGGAGGAGGAGACUUCAGGAAUGAGUGGCUAUGAGAGCACACAGGACGUCAUGUACCCUCAAACUCAGAGCUGGCCUGUGUCUGAUGUAGAGGCAAUGGAGACUCCGCAGAAGCAGGUUAUGCAUGGCGUGGCCCGCAGAGAGGUGGUCUUCCAGCCCCAGCAGAACGAAUGGUCACAACAGGGGGAAAAUUCUUCUGAGAAUUCUGACCAAAGUCCAUCAGGAGCUGCGGAAGUGGACAGUGGCUUCCAGGAGCCCCCCACUGUCCCACCUCCACUUGUGUCUCUUGAGCGGGCUAAAGAAGCUCUCAUGCUAGCAUCCCACAGACAGAUGGUGCCCAUGGUAGGCCCUGUGGACAACCCAGUGGAUGAAGAACUCACUGUCACAUACAUGGACAAGGCCAGGCAAGCCAAGCUACACAGAGGUGAGAGUUUACAAGACAAGCAGGUGAAGGAGGCCCGAUCCAAGUGUCGAACCAUUGCUUCUCUCUUGACAGAUGCUCCUAACCCUCACUCUAAAGGUGUGCUUAUGUUCAAGAAGCGACGGCAACGGGCCAAGAAGUAUACUCUCACCUGCUUCGGCAGUGUAGACGGAGAAAGCAACAGUAACACAGAAGGAGAAACUGAAGACGAAAGCCUGUUUCCUGGGAGUGAAUCUGAGCUUGAUGAGGACGGUUUUUCUGCUGCACCAGACCCUACCUGGGAUAGUGGAUACCUGGAUGUUUUAGACAAGAGGACUUCAGCGUGUAUUGUGCCUGAUAGAGAAGCAGAGAUCAGUCCAGGCUUAAAUGCCACUUCAGGAAAAGGAGCCCAGCUUUUUGAACAACAGCGAAAAAGAGCUGAAGAACAUGUGUCAAAUCUGAAUACAUUUUCAAUGCCACAGUAUCAGGGAGACUCAACUCUCACAUAUACCCCAGUUGCUCCAUACACACCCCAAAGUACCAGUUCUCUUAGUACAAGUAUGGUGAAUGGAGAACCUUUGGUAGUGAGCAGGACAAGUGUAGUGUUAUCUUCUCCAGGCCAAACACCUAUGCCAUCACUGACUGGAGCAUUACCAGAGCAAGUAGAUUCAUCAGCUGCCAGCUCAGUGCACAACAGAACUGCCAGGCCUUUUGCCCCUGGAUGUGUGAGCAACCGAGCAGCAACUGCUCCCGUAGUCUUCAGACCCAGCCCUGCCAAAAAGGCUGGAUCACAGUCUCAGACUGUGUCUGUGGCAACUCUCCCAGCUGCCUUCUCUCCUGUUGCCUCAGAGGGGAAGAAAGCCAUCUCUACAUCAUCACUGUAUAUCCCUGCCAGACCAGCCACCUACAAUGGUCCUUCCUCUCUCCUCUCUCCUUCCUCAGUCAUCUCAGGUCCAUUUUCUCCACCCCCUUCAAAUGCUCCACUCUACUCCCCAACCUACUCCAGUACCUCAGCUCCUUUUCCCCCAACAACUUCUCAUGUAACAUCUUUGAGUUUGCCUUCUGGCAUGGCUCAAACUUACUCUCACCCCCAGGCACAGGCAAUGCCAUUCAGUCCUCCACACCACACAGUCUCUUCUCAAUUUCAGCCACCUCCACCAGUUAAUGUCCCAGCACAGCCUUUUUCUCCGCCAUUUAUGAAUGUGCCAGGUUUUCCAAAUGUUCCUGUUCAUGCUCCAUCACCAAAUAUGCAACCAAAUAUGCAACCUUCCCCAUCCCACAAAGUCUCCUUCAACCCUUAUGUCUCUGUGGCAUCCACUACACCGGAAACACCAAAUGCACCAAUUGCCCAACAGUAUCCUCUCUCCAACUCCACUGAUGGGUUUUCUUCUCGAGAGCAACGGGUCUCAGUCCCUGCUGGACGCACUGGCAUUCUGCAAGAGGCUUGUCGUCGAUCCACUAAGAAACCAAUGUUCAAUGCUCAAGAGGAGAAGAAGGCUCCAUCUUACAAUCCUGAACUACUGUCUCUAGUGCAGAACUUUGAUGACAGGUCCCGUUCGGGUGUAGAGGCUGGGUUUGAGUCUGGCCCUGAGGAAGAUUUCCUCAAUCUUGGUGCAGAAGCUUGCAACUUCAUGCAGGCACAGAGAAACAGGUUGCCACCACCAGUAGCUCCUAAACCAGGUCAUCCAGCUGCUGAGAUGCCACAGAUGCGAGGUAAAGGUGCAGAGCUGUUUGCACGUAGACAAAGUCGCAUGGAUCGCUAUGUGGUGGAUAAACAGCCCAAAUCUCCAGCACAGCCUCGUGACCCUUCACCUACGCCUUCUCUCCCCGGUAACUGGAAAUACUCUCCCAACAUCCGAGCCCCACCACCCAUUAAUUAUAAUCCACUGCUGUCACCUUCUUGCCCUCUAGUGGCUCAGCGUAACACCAAGGCUAAUGAUGCCACUAAAGUUGGAGUUAAAACAAUGCAUGGACACAACAAACAAGGUAUAAAGGCUCUAGACUUUGUGAGCAAGCAACCAUACCAGCUGAACCCCUCUUUGUUCAGUUAUGGAGUAAAUCCUCAAAACAAUACCACUUAUCAACAACAGCAGCAGAAUGGUGUUGGCAUAACAGGUCAAUUCCUUAACCCACCAAAGCAGGUCCCCAUUAAAGCAGGCCGUGUGUAUGAAAUCAAACGUUUCUCCACACCUACUCCCAUGUCUGCACCUACUUCCCUGACCCCAACUGUAAUUGCCCCUCGCUCUGCCACAACCCUAGGUGAGCCUAUGUGGCGCAGGGAUGUCACUUCCCCACCUCCCGUAGCUCCAAGACCUGCUGCACCAUUCUCCCCACCUCCUCCUGCUCCGACAGCAGCCCUGCCUGCUCUCCCCAAAAUGUCCAAUGUCCCUGCAGCAAAUUCAGUGCCUAUCGCACAACCAAAUCCUGGGCAAGCCUAUACCCCAUUAAAGGCAGCCAAGCAGUUCAAGAGUGCCCCUGAGCUGAGUCCCCUGUCUGCUGGUGUUCGGUCUUCAGGGUCUGCAAGUGGUCCGAACCUCAGGGUACCCAGACCCCGCUUCUGUACAUCAAGCAUGGGUCUGCAACCAAAUGUGUGGAGGCCUGGCUCCAUACAUUACUGAGAUUCUACUUGGACACUAAUUGCCACCCUGGGCAAGAGCACUUCAGUGCUUGAGCUCUGUUCUGCUUAAUGAAUCUUUCGACUACAGUAAUAUGACAAAAUCAUCAGUCAGAUGAUUUUUUUGUGCAUGUUCACAACUGUAGCACACAAGCCUUACGAGCACCCAGUUUUUUUUAAAAAUAGAGUACGCAGCUAUAUUAUAGUGGAGGUGAACAUCUGUAUAUGUGUUAUUCAGAAUGUUGAGAUUUUUAUGUACUGUGCAGACAACCUUGAUUCAUGUUUCCUAGUUUGCUAAUUUCUUCUACACCGUGUGAAUAAGUUUAUCCAUCAGAAAUACACCGCCACAUCUUGUGAGAACAACUAAAUAAAAUAUUAGCAAUGAUCAGUUUUGACAUUAUAUACAAGGGGCCACAAGGAAGAAAAAUGGUAAUAAUUAAUUGUCUUGUUAUUUUUUCACUUGGGGCCACAAUGAUGUAUUGAUGAUUGGUAAGUAUACAUGACAGAGUCCUAUUAGGUCAGAAGAUAAUGAAAGGCAGAGUCAUUGAAGAUUUGUGUAGAAGUGUUAUAGAAUGUUUUAAGAUGAGUUGUAUUAGAGUCUCAGUGACAAAGAGAUGAAAAAGUCUACGAAGAAUGUGACAGAGGCUUGAAAUAAAACAAGUCGAAGGAUCCUCAAGUGGAGAGAUGGUACAAACCACCCCCCCUCUUGCUCUUGAAUUGCUAUCUCAUCUGGCCUCUGCCAUGCCCUUUUCAUCUGAUUUUAUCUUUUAUUUCUUUAAACAUCUCUUGAGGUUGAAUUGCAAGCCUGUGUUUGUCUAGAGCAUCGCACAAAGCCUUUGCUUCUUGUUUGACCAUGAUCAGUAUGGAUGCUUGAUGCAUGUGCUCAUUUUAUCCUCAUAAUGCUGCGAAUGCCAAGGUUUUGACUGAGCAUUUAGAAAAGCAUGCAAAAACCCCACUGUGGGGUAUUGUGUUGGGGCUUUUUCAUUUGACAGCUGAAAAUAUACACUAGAUGACAAAUUCCGAAAGCGCUGCUUUAUCUUUUUGACGUAUUAUGCGAAUGUGACAUCUGACCACUUUCCCUGGUGCUUGCUCUCAUUGUGAAUGAUGCUUUUGCCAAAAAGGUAUGACAUCCAUUUCAAUCACUUGUAUGAGCUGUUCAACAGCAUUUGUGAACUUGUAUAGGGCUAGUUGAGCAUUGCUUGCUUUGCUUUUUCUCAGAAAAUAACCCAAUGGCCUUGGUGGAAAUGAAAACAAUCUGGAAUGGUGGGUACCAUUUCUCUACUAAGGUUAAGAAGGUCGAUUGGAUGUAAAACUGUAAUGAACAUUGUUGUCAUUCAGGCGAUAACACAUGGGAAGGAUGUAAAUGAAAGGUAUGAAGCAAGAUAUAUAACUUUAAAGCAAGGAUAGAGAGAAAAGUGCCUUUUGGCCAUUAAAUAAUGUUAGUCAUUUUCAUGAGUGUGUACUAAAAGGCUCGCCAGAAUGUAUUUCAUGCUUUUACAUAGCAAAAAGCUUUGAUUCUAUAGUAAAUGUGUUAUAUUUGUGGUAAAUAUAAUGAGAAAAACUGUAAUUAUAUUAAAUGAGUUACAGUGAUUUAUAGUGGAGUUAUGUACAAUGCAAAUAGUAAGAUAAUGGAAAGUUUAAUGGAUUUCAGAAUUCUAAAGGGGAAUGUGAGAAUGAAUUUGUACUGAGUUAAUAAAGAGCAAUGAAAAUAAAUGUAAAAAUGUCAA